UUAUAGAGACAAGUUGACCGUGCCAGUAGUUGAUAAAAUAUUUAAAAAAUUUCAAAUAUUUUACAUGUAUGAAAAUAAUGUGAUACUAUGUUUCGGAGAGAGUAUAGGCGUAUAAUUUUAAUUUGUAUUUUUAUUUAUUAAUUCUGUGAUCAUCAUUAAUAUGAUUAACAAGAUGAAAAAGCUAUCAUUUUUGAUUCUCAUAGUUCAACUUCAGGAAGUCAUAAACGUACAUCAGUCUCGCAUGCCGAAUAUAAAUUCUUUACCAAUAUCAGUAUCAGAACAUGAAGAUAAUAAAAUAUCACCGGUUUUAGCUCCUCUACUACAUUCACACAAAGUUGCGAUGUUGACAACUGCAAGAAAGAAGAAGGGUCCAAGUAUUCCUUACUCUCUUCCCUUAAUACAUCACCUUCUUGUACCGUCACAACUACACGUGCUACCCGCGCAUUCAAACGUUCAUCAUAGCUCUGUCCACACUGACAUAAAGCAUGUUGUAACACACGAUAAUGUAAAGAUACCCAUUAUAACUCACACUUUAUCUCACAGUUCAUCCAACGUAACUCACCAAACAGCUGUGAUACCGAUAUUGGUCCCGGUAUCAUACCCGAAUCACGUGAUACCGUUGCAUGAUUUGACUGUGAUACCUCUACACAAACAAGUGCAUGAGGAAAGGAAACUGAGUCAAUACCAAACACAAAUGGAGAUGAUGAAAAACGACGAGGAGGAACAAAUGAAUAGAUUUAGAUCGUUUUACGGUGGAUUUGGAACAGGCCUCUUCUUUGGGGGCCAUGGCGCUGGACAUGGUUUUUACGCUUAUGGCUGAAAUAUUUAUUUUUCGUAACGAUACGUAUAAAUAAAACAAUCUCUUAAUACAUAUAAUUAUUACACGUUUAUUUUUAAGUUUAAGUUACGAUAUUGUUAUAUGUAAAUUACAAUUAUAUAUGUAUAUUACACAUACUGGACUGUUGUAUCUAAUUCAACAUAAAAUAUGAGGUAGGUAUAUCGUAUUGAUAUUGUAAACUCAGAAAGUUUGUGAGCAAAGAUAUGUUUUUGAACGGACUCUAAUAAAAUUUGGAACAUCGACCAUAUCAUUAAUUUACACAAAAUAUCCCUUCCCAAAUUCACACAGAUGACGCACAGGACAUAGUUAAUACAAUAUGAGUCAUAAAUAAUAUAGAAGAUAAGAGCUCAUAUACAUACAUAUCAUAUAGUUUUGUUAGGUGACGCUUAGGUUUGCAUAUGGUGCUUCAACGUUGUCUCUUUGGAAUGCGAUCACGUGUGGAAAAUCGUCCACACAUUGUUGCACGGAUGGUGUCUUGGUACCGUCAUAUACUUGCACAGAUCAGAUAUCAAUUGCGGUGUAGCAUAACCAUAGAAUGGUACAAUAGCUGAGGACCUCAUCAAAUAAUAAAGUAUUUCUCAUGUUUUGCCAUACUGAGGACUAAUUUUAUUGCGCUUUCGUACUGUGUAAUUUUACUUUAAUUGACACGUAAAGAUUUUUUUGUGUAAUCCAGAUUUAAUUUUAUGGCCAUUAGGAGUAAGUUGAAGUAGUAACUACUAGGCUAUGACCUCUUCCCAAGGAGCUACUUCUUAAUUAAUGAACAACAUCUAUAGACCCAUAGCGUCCUGAAGUAGAGAUAGUGAGCGUUAACGAGAUAUCGAUACUCUGUACAAUAAUGAAGGAGUUCAUUUUACAUAGAUUUGACCCAUUAUAUAAUUGGAGUAAUUGCCACUGUAAAGUAACACCUAACUCAUUAAUUUAAAUGAGUCAGGUGUUACUGACCCUGUCCCCAAAGAAGUGAUAACUACAUGGAGUACUGGACUAUGGUGUGAAUUAUGUACUAUAAUUGAGAUACUUUGGUAUUAGAUAGAUUACGUAACAUGUGAUAAGUAUUAAUAAUUAUCAGUAUAAUACUCGUAUGUUAUAAAUUAUUUUUCUUAAUCUUUUGAUUUUUUCUUUUGUUUCCUUUCACCGUAAAGUGUUAAAGGAACGUAUGAAUCAUUAUAUUCGUCAUGCAUGUGUCUGAUAAAUGAGUUAGUGUCGCGUAGUGAGGACAAAUAGACGGCCUCUAACUUCUCAGAUGUUAAGAAAACUUAAAUUAUUAUUAAACAUAAGUCGUUGUCAAAUAUCUUGUUGAGAGAAUAUAACGAAAGUCGAAUUUUUAGAAUUCUGAAUUAUUUAAAUAAGCAGCGCAAAAACUAAACUAAAACUUCAUUAGAUUAAACAGCUGCUGGAAAAUGUUACGUUGAUAAAAUAAACAAGGUUUAUUUAAGAAUAUACUUCUAUUUUUAGUUAAGAAAACUGUUACUUUCUGGAAUUAAAAAAAUUCAUUUUAAAGAUACCUUCAUGAUAGAAAGAAUUAUAUAGUUAUAGAAUGGAAGGUUAAGCAAUUAAAUAAAAUAAACUCUAUAUAUAUAUAUACAAUAUGGCUUGACUGAUUUUAUUUCUCCCUCGUACAAUAUAGGUACCAUCUUGUCUGAAUAAAGGUCAGUUUGUUCCGUUACAUACCUGCAUCCAUCCAUUUCCUCGUUGUUUAAGUUUUUUUUGCUUUUAUAUCUUGAACAAAGAAUAAACAAUGAGUAGUAAUUAUAGUAAACACUUAACGUAAUUU